AAUCAAAGAGGGAAGUAGCUGCGCACUCCAGAGUUCAUACACAAGUCUGGAAGGAAAGCUGCGCGUGCUGUCUUCCAUAACUCACGAAACAAAUGAUAACAUUAGUCUGCGGGAAAGAGUAAAUCGAGAUAUCAAACAAGAAUGUUUCGAUGAAUUCACGGUACGUUAGGAGGAAAAGUGCUUUGUGGAGAUCUGAUAAACGCAUUUAGUAACGUUAUGACACGAGAAGGAAAGUGGCAUUAAUUCGCCCAGUCUUUUGUGAUUUAAAACAGCCAAACCAGUCUGACUUUAACUAUGUCCCAGAAUAAAAAUGGAGAGAAUCGGAGGCUUUCCAAAUGGUUGGACUAUGGCAGCAUCAAUGGAGAAGGACAGACGGAUCCAUGUCCUACCUGCCAGGGCACAGGACGCAUCCCGAGAGGUCAGGAAAACCAACUUGUGGCAGUCAUUUCUUGCAGCGACCAAAGGCUGAAACCUCACCACACGAAACUGUAUGUGUUUAUAUCAGUGGGGCUUUGCCUCUUGAUCUGCUCCCUGAUCCUGUUUUUCCUCUUCCCACGGAGUAUGGAUAUAUCAUCUGUAGAACUAAAGUCAUCUAUGGUCUAUUUCACUCCAGAUGCAGUAAAAAUGGUGAUCACGCACGAAAUGAACCUUACCAACCACAAUUUUGUCAGUAUCACAGCUCAGAAUCUUAGUGUGCAAUCAUUCUUUUUCGAGACGGUGAUAGGCAGCAACAAGUUGCCCAAUGUCACCAUACUGCCUCCUCGAUCACAGAAAACGAUUAAAGUUAUAGCUGACAUUGUUAUUGAUGACUCUGGCCUUAAUAAUUACUGCAAGUCAAGUUCCCUUCAGAUUCACACCUUAUUCUUGCACUUGCAACUGACUAUCAAAGUCUCCUACCUGUCCCAUUCAGAGCAGAUGUCUACAGAUGCCUAUGAGUAUAUUGACUGUGGAGUGAAUUCAACUAUGCCUCAUCAUUUUCCUCUGCUUUGAGACAAAACCAUUGCCAAUGUAUGGCCAUGAAUGCUGAUGUUAUAAAAAUCAGAAUAGGCUGCUUUCAAAAAAUGCAAUUUUAUGUUAUAAUUUACUACAGUUCAUUUAAAUGGUUUUUGACUAUAAUGAUAGUAACAUAUGACACAAUGUAAAUAUCACUGGAACAAUGAAUGCG